AUGGAUGCAAGAAAGCAAAGACUAUUGUCCAUGACAUACAACGAGAUUCGAGCUCUGUGCCGAACAAAUGGCAUCAAAGCAGUUGGAACUGUAAGUUAGUUUAAUAUUUUGUUGGUUUUUAGGUCUUUAUAUGGAAAUUAAGAUGAUACAAUGAAAAUAGCGGACGUGUGUUAUAUAUUAUUAUGAGUAAUAUUUUUUUAUGAUUUUGCUUUAAACUUUGAAGCAUCUUCUAAUGCGUGCUUUGUUUUAGAAGGCAAAGAUGGUAGAGACUUUGUCAGAAACGAUGGUUGAAAAGGACGAGACAGUAGCUGCAGAACAAGACGAGAAUAUGGAUCAAGGACAUGACGAAACUCCAGUUCAACAGCAAGAUGUUAACAUGGAAGAGGAAGCGAUGGAUACUGAAGAACAAAAGGAGAACCGGAACAACACUUUUACCAUGGAGGAAGGAGAAGUGUCGGUUGUUCCGAAGGAAGUUCUGAAGGCUCAUGCUGACAUUUCGCUGGACGAGAGUUAUGUUACUGGAAAUUUGUUUACUCCAGAUGAAAGUCCAGCUGUAGCUCCUGUUCUUGAGGUUAAAAAGAAGACGGAGAAGGUUGUGGAAGCGUCAGUUAGGCCUACAAGAGCUACAAGGAAUAACGCUGGAUCAAAGCUUUUGAAACCUGGAUUUUCCAAGGCUAAAGGUUGGUUUUACGGUUAUUUUAUGUUGUUUAGGAUUAUAUUGAUGUUGUUUUAGUUGUUUCACCGCUUUAUAACCUUUUUUAUUUUAUGUUUAUCUCUUAUAUUUGUGUUACCUUUAAAAUAUAGCUGUGUUAGAUGUUUGUUCUUGCUUUUAAAGUCUAUGUUGCAGCUACUGAUCGUUUUGCUUCGAUUCACAAGAAAAACUUUGAUAAAAUGGAGUCAAUUGAAGAAGCACAGAAGAAACUUCAAAAUCAGCGUGCCAAAUACGUCAAAGCCGCUUCUGAAGCUACUGUUGUAAGUUUUUGUAGUUUUCUCUUUCAAAGAAGUGUCGUAAUUUUGGCUUUUGAGCGUUUUAAACUUAAGUUUGUAAAAAUUACCAUUUUAAUUGUAUACCUAUAUUUAUAUAAAUCGCAAUUCCUGAGUGUUUUAACCUCAAUUUCAUAUUUUUCAGCGUCUAGCCACUCCAAAACGUGACAGAUCAGCCCCAAAGUUCUCAACUCCAAAAACUCCGACCAGUGCCAACUUUAAGUUUGGUAAAACUAGGCCAGAGAACAUUGAACAAGUUCAAAAGCCAUUUGACAAAGAAAAAGCUGUAGCAUCAAGGCUAACACGAGCAGCGAAGGAAGUACGACAACCUGAAACUGAUGUAAAGAAGUUGACAAUGCAAAAGAAGAGGACCAACAUCAAAUUGACAGUACCAGACUGUUCAGAACGGAUUGAGCAGUUAGCUACUCCGAAGUCGGCUGGACGUAAGUUGAUAUAUUGUUAUAUAUUGGAAGGAGGUUUCGGUUUUUGUAGUGUAUGUUAGUGGGGUAUCUUUUUUUGAUUUUUUUCUGCGGUUGGGAUUUAAAUUUUUUUUUGGUAUGUAAUCAUAUACUAGUACAAUACCAAAGUAAUAUUAAAUAUAGAAUCCCACCUUACUCUUCCCUUUCCAGCGGUAUCAAUCUCGAAGGAACGCCGAAGCUAUACUCCGAAAACCACACCGUACAAGUACGUGGACACAACCAAGAUGAGCGACGCAGAACUCCGCGCCUUCGAUGCCAGACAGAAGCGACUUGAAGCUCGCUCAAGGAGACUCAACUUCCAAUAA